AUCCUUUUAUCAUGAUUAUUCUGUGGAUUUGCAUCGACGUGUCGACGCGGCUAGGAAACAUAAUUAACGAGAGUUUAAUGAGAUUAAUGAGAUUAACGAGAUUAAUGGAAAAUUGACCAGCGGAAAACUCGUGUAUCUGAAAUAUCCGAACAGAUCGAAUGCUAAUCAACUGUUUUACGUGGAAAUUGUGUUUACAGGAUCGACGGAAACGGCGGUGCUCGCGAUUCAGUUAUCAGUAAGAAACAAGUUCUGUCGAGUGAUGUUCGAUAACGGGAUACGCGAAAUGAAUGUUAAAUGUUUCAAGCAUGAGUAUUUCCGUGAAUAUAUAACGAUUCGGUGAAUAUUUCACGUUUAAACGUUCGUCUUGUUCAAAGGUUCAAUCAACUUGUAGCCGUAAAACGAACAAACGGCGAUCUAGUUUCUCUUGUAAGCAGUUGACUUUUGCGUGAACAAUGCAGCUUACAGUUGCCAGUGAAAACGACGGGUUAUCGUGGCUGAGAAUCUUGCCACUGGUCGCAUUGCUGAUACAAGUUAAUAGCGGAAAUUCGGAAACGAUCGAUCAACUGGACAAAGACGAUUUGAACGAAUCCGUACUGGCGUCCGUACCGGUUGUUCCACCGAUACCGAAGCAUCGAGGCACCUUUGCUGAAACCCACGCGCACCAAACUAUCGCAAAUCGUAUAGAGUCUUGGUCAAAAGACGAUAGACAGAAUAUUUGGGAACUGAGCGGUCUGUUCGAAGGAGACAUAAUGCUUCUUCCGGGUGAAAAAGUCGAAUCGAAGAAUGGUUUAGCGAAACCUACAUCUCGUUGGCCUGCUGGUAUCGUGCCGUACUACAUCAAGGAGGAAUUCGAUGAAGAAGAGAUCGAGUUGAUCAAGGGUGCUAUGGAGGAGUACCAUGAGAAUACGUGUUUACGCUUCCGACCGUACGAGAAAACGGAUGUCGACUAUAUCACUAUACAGGGGGAAAUGUCCGGCUGUUGGUCACUGGUUGGUCGACACGAUCGCGGGCAAAUGGUAAAUUUACAAAGACCAGGAUGCGUGCAACACGGUGUUAUUGUUCACGAGCUGAUGCACGCACUGGGCUUUUACCAUCAACAAAGCGCAUCGGAUCGUGACCAAUGGGUCACGAUAAAUUGGACGAACGUAAAACCAGGCAAAGAACAUAAUUUUAACAAAUACGACAAUCAAACCGUUACCGACUAUGGAAUCAGUUACGACUACACAAGCGUGAUGCACUACAGUUCUCAUGCGUUUUCGAAAAACGGGGAACCGACCAUUACACCAAAAAAGAAGGGAGUGAAGCUUGGUCAACGAAAAGGACUCAGUGGGAAGGAUAUAUUAAAGUUACAAGCAAUGUAUAAAGAAGAAUGUCGCAACCUAUCAUCCGAAAACAUUCCAAAACUAACGGCCGCUUACUUUCAAUCUUGAGGCUAUGGGAUCGAUUCGAUUUUCAAUAAAACGUGCUUCCAAACUAACGACAUAUUAUCACACACCAUACCAAACUAAUGAAAUAAUAAUCAAGACAACGAAAGUUUCACAGUGAAAGGUUCUCUUCGAGUCAUAUACAAAAUAUAAAAAAUUCGUAUCUGUCUGAAAAAAGAGACAAAGAUUAUAGCUUCUGUUUGCAACGCAUCAUCCCUUGUGUUUUGUCCAUCUUUAGUCGACUUCAGUCGUAGAAAAUCCCUUAGUCUCCUCACCAGUCUAAAAAUCCACAGUUCCUCGAGCAUAUUUCCGAAUAUGUAUUCUUUUCUAACAACAUUUCGGAUCCGUACUUUCUACUUACCUCGGGUAAUUCCGGUCUAAUGUCGUUUAACGAUCUUGCGCUUAAAAUCCCUACGCUCAAUACAUUAGACCACACGCUUUCCAAAGUCGUACGAAAACAGCCACCUAGCAGCCUAAUUAAGCAACAACAUCUUGCAGCGGUCACAUCGUCCGCUGCUGCUACAAGGCGGCAAAGCAUCACCGCCGCAUCCUCUACGAUUAUGCGAAUUAACGUGAAA